GUCGGAUCCGGCGUUGGCGAAGCCGGAUCUGGUGGCUGCGAGGCCGGACCCACCUCAUCCGGACCGCCACCAACACCAGAUGAGGUUAGCGAUGGGGUUUGACACCGGCGAGGUGCUGCUGUCCACCAUGUUGUGACGGCAGUGGAGUACCUGCGGGCAGGAGGAUAUGGCUGCAGAGCCUUCACCGCCGCCAUGCUCCUGGCGCUGAUGGUCGCGAGACCCCGAGCUCCAUGAUGAGGAUGCCGUCGUCCAGCCCGACCACGACGACGCACCACACAAGGUACUCCAUCCUCCUCUUGUGGAGGAGUCAAGUUCAGAUCUGCCAUCUCUAUGGUGAUGAAUCUACUCGGGCAGGACAAUGGUGCCUCAUAAUGUUACUCCAUUGGCGAUCAAGGGAACUGUCCCCAACACAUGUACAGGUUCUGCCGGACGAGGAGCUCGGUGAUGCGCCAGAUGAGGAGCUUGGCGAGGCGCUGCAGCUCGGCUUGACGCUGGUCGAGGAGCUCUGCGAUGCGCCGGAUGAGGAGCUUGGCGAGGUGUUGGAGCUUGGUGAGGCGCUGCAGCUUGGCCAGGCACUGGUCGAGGAGCACGGCGACAAGCCGGAUGGGAAGCUUGGCGAGGCUAGGGGAAGUUAUCUGGUAAAGGGAAGAUACUUCCUCCGCCCAUAAAUCUAAGGCAAUUCACACAUCCUUUCCUUCUUGAUAACUUGACUGCUUUUGAAAUGUGCUUUGUACCAUCUGUGCUUUUUAUAU